UCACAUUUUCUUUUCUUAUAAAAGAAGUCUCAGUAUCACGACUAUCACCAGCUUGGAAAUCUCUCUCUCUGUUGUUUAGAUAGAAGGUCUUUUCUUAAGGGAUGAUACAAGGACUUUCUUCUAUGAGAUUUCAAGGUGUUUUAAUUUGUUAAAAGGUUAAAGAGAUUUUGGGAACCAAAGGUAAAAUAAAAAUGCGUGCACCAUCAAUCCUCACUCAAUGCUUGCCGGGUCUUGCACCCCACGACAAAGCAAAUCAAAGCAUUUCCAACCUUUCCGAAAGGGAUUUGCAUCUCCCAUCACCAGCUGUUGAGGUUCUCCCUUCAAAGACUGCUCACCCAUACAAGUACGCUGGUGAAAAUGUCGACUUGCAUGGUCUCAACAUUUUCAAGGGACGAGUCAGUGUUGCAGAUAUCAUUGGCUUUACUAGUUCGGAAAUGGUAUCUUCAAAAUCUGAAGGGUCUCUGAAAUCUUGGGAGAGUUCUAUUGACCUUGUUAAUGUCCUCAAACUUGAAAUCCGUGAUGGGCAGUUGAGCUUUAGAGGGAAACGCAUUCUGGAGCUUGGUUGCAACUAUGGACUUCCUGGGAUUUUCGCUUGCCUCAAGGGUGCCUCUACGGUGCAUUUUCAGGAUCUGAAUGCUGAAACAGUGAGGUGCACCACCAUACCCAAUGUCCUCGCCAACCUUGAGCAGGCUCGGGACAAGCAAAGCCGGCAACCCGAGAGCCCUCUGACACCGUCGAGGCAGGCGUUGGCCCCUGAUGUCCAUUUCUAUGCUGGAGACUGGGAGGAGCUACACACGGUCUUGUCAGUCGUCCGCACGGAUGGGUUUGAGGUGACACCUGGGAUGAGCCUGAGCUUCUCCGAGGAGGAUUUCAAUGACGGAUGUAGUAGCCAGGACGGCAGUGCCAUUGGUCAUGACUCAUCCUUGAGGCGGUCGAGGAAGCUUUCUGGGAGCCGUGCUUGGGAGAGGGCAAGCGAAACGGACCCAGAUGAUGGAGGCUAUGAUGUGAUUUUGAUGACUGAGAUCCCGUAUUCGGGCACUUCUUUGAGGAAGCUAUAUGCGCUCAUAAAAAAGUGCUUGCGGCCACCUUAUGGGGUUCUCUACUUGGCCGCGAAGAAGAAUCUCGUCGGUUUCAGCGGUGCGGCGCGGCAGCUGAGAGGCCUGGUAGAUGACGAGGGGGUUUUCGGUGUGCACGUGGUCACAGAAAUGGCCGACAGGGAGAUUUGGAAGUUCUUUCUUAAGUGAGAGUGAUCAAAUCAGAACAAGUCACCGUGCCCUCUGUAACUCCCAUAUGUAUAAUACUUAGCGUCUUGUCAAUUUUUUAUUAUGAUAAUAAUGUUGGAAUUGGCAGAUGCAAGCCGCCCGCCUGUAAAAUUCUUCUUUCUUUGCAAAUACUGGAUCUAACUUAUAUGCUUUUUUUAAAGAGUUCUAUAACAAAUUCGUUAAUGGAAUUUGCAAUCUAAUCAUUUACAGCUGCUUGUAUGUUGA